AUGUCCGGACGUGGUAAGGGAGGCAAAGCGAAGAGCGGUGGCAAGGCCAAAUCCCGCUCAGCUCGAGCUGGCCUCCAAUUUCCCGUUGGACGUAUUCAUCGGAUGCUUCGGAAAGGAAACUACGCUGGUCGAAUCGGUGGAGGUGCUCCUGUCUAUUUAGCUGCUGUUUUGGAGUAUCUAGCUGCUGAAGUGCUCGAGUUGGCUGGAAAUGCAGCUCGUGACAACAAGAAGACUCGAAUCAACCCCCGUCAUCUGCAGCUAGCUGUUCGCAACGACGAAGAACUCAACAAACUCCUCUCCGGUGUGACCAUCGCUCAAGGAGGUGUCCUGCCCAAUAUUCAAGCUGUUCUGCUGCCUAAGAAAACUGCUGGAGAUAGUGAAUGA